AUGCAUUAUUCGGCCGUCUCUUCCUCCUCCCGCUUCGCGGCCGUGGUGGUGGUCGUGGCGGUGGUUCUUGCGUCGUCUGCGGUGUGCUGCCGGGCGCAGCUGGCGAACAACUACUACGCCGGCAAGUGCAAUAACACGAACGUGGAGGCCGUCAUCCUGAGCGCCGUGAAGGCUCGCCUCUCGUGGGAAAAUAAGAUAGUCGCCGGCCUCCUCCACAUGAUCUUCCACGACUGCUUCGUCCAGGGGUGUGACGCGUCGAUACUGCUGGACGGGCCCGGCACGGAGAAAACGGCGGUGCAGAACACCGGCAUCUUCGCCUACGACCUCAUCGACGACAUCAAGUCCGAACUCGAGGCGGCGUGCCCCGGCGUCGUCUCCUGCGCCGACAUCAUCGUGGCCGCAACCAGAGACGCUGUCGGCAUGUGUGGUGGGCCGAGCUACGCGGUGCAGCUGGGUAGGAGGGACGGCAUGUCGUCGAUGUCCUGGAAGUGCAGCGACCUGCCCGCACCGCACGUCGACAUCCCGACGGCGGCAGCCAUGUUCGCCAAUAAGGGCUUCACCAGCUUCGAGAUGGCCGCACUCAUGGGCGCGCACACGGUGGGGGUGACGCACUGCUCGCUGAUCCAGGACAGGCUGUACAACUUCAACGGCACCGGCGCGGCAGACCCGUCCAUGGACCCGGCCUACUGUGGGAUCCUGCAGAAAUACGCCUGCCCCCAGGGGCAGAGCUUCGACAACAUCGUCUACCUCGACGACCCCAACAGCAUCCUCACCUUCGACACGAGCUACUUCAGCCAGAUCACCAAAAAACGCGCUGCCCUCGGGGUCGACCAGGGCCUCGGCGACGACCCCUCCACCGCCUGGAUGGUCAGGUACUUUGCCGACAGCAAUAACUUCUUCCCCAUGUUCGUCCAGGCGAUCAACAAGCUCGCCGCCGUUGAAGUCUUGACGGGCACAGAUGGAGAGAUCCGAACGAACUGCCGGGCAACAAACUAA